UUCUUGGAUGGUUUUCCUCGAUUUUGGUAUUUGGGGAGCUUCAAGAGAUAUUAGAAAUGAGUAGACUGAAGAUUAUAGUUCAUGCUUGUCGUGUGCCUCUGUUUUUCUUGUUUUUUGUUGUUGCCUUAAGUGUAUUGCCUUUUACACUGUGUGUGGAUGGGAAUGAUUACAGUCAAACGGGUAACCCAGCAGCAAUUCCUCUUGUCACCGGGCUUAUCUAUAGCCGGCUUUCAAAUCUCAGUACAAUAUUAGCAGAUGAUAUUGUUAAAAAUCUGGGAUACUGUAUAAAGGAUGUGAAGAAAGAUUGGGAUGGAGCAUUCGAUUUCACAGGAAAAUUGGAUUUCUUGAGUAAUUGUAUCAAAAAGACUAAAGGAGAUCUCACACUACGACUAUGUACAGCAGCAGAAAUAAAAUUUUACUUCAAUAGCUUUAUCAAAAGGGACGGAGUAACUAUCAGUCAUGUAAGACCUAACAAGAACUGUAAUUUGACAAAUUGGGUUGCUGGAUGCGAGCCAGGAUGGGGUUGUAGUGCUGACCAGAAACAACAUGUUGAACUUAAGAAUGCAAAAGACUUGCCUUUAAGGACACGUGAUUGUCAACCUUGUUGCGAGGGGUUCUUCUGUCCUCAGGGUCUUACUUGCAUGAUACCUUGCCCAUUAGGUGCUUACUGUCCACUUGCAAAGCUCAAUAAAACAACAGGAAUAUGUCACCCAUACAAUUACCAAAUUCCUCCUGGACAGCCAGAUCAUACUUGUGGUACUGCCGAUAGUUGGGCUGAUGUUGAAAGUACUAGCGACAUAUUCUGUUUACCAGGGUCAUACUGUCCAACAACCAUACGUGAAGUUCCUUGCAGUAGUGGACAUUACUGCAGGACGGGUUCUACUUCUCAAAGCCGAUGCCUCAAGUUGAGUACCUGCAAUGCCAAGAGUGCGAACCAAAAUAUUCAUGCUUAUGGGAUUAUUCUUAUUGCAGCAUUGAGUACUCUGAUGAUCAUUAUUUAUAACUGCUCUGAUCAAGCUCUUUCUACUCGAGAAAGAAAACAAGCCAAAUCCAGAGAAGCUGCAGCAAGGCAUGCCCGAGAAACUGCACAAGCACGUGAAAGAUGGAAAGCUGCAAAAGAUGUUGCGAAGAUUCGUAAAGUAGGGUUGCAAGAACAGAUAACAAGAACGUUUUCUCGCAAAAAAUCCACAAUGCAAUCAGAGCCGCUUAAGACUUCUAAUCAAACUAAAACUGGCUCCGAGGAUACUUUGCUGCCGCCUCUUGCUCCAGGUACUUCAACUUUGGCAGGAAAAGCUACUGGAUGUACAAGUACUGGUUUAAUUCUUAUAAAUGGAAAAAAUGAAUCAAUACACUCAUACAAGAAAAUUAUUGGUUUUGUGCCACAAGAUGAUAUAGUGCAUGGAAACUUGACGGUAGAGGAGAAUCUCCGGUUCAGCGCAAGGUGCAGACUAUCUGCUGACAUGCCUAAAGCUGAUAAAGUUCUGGUUAUUGAAAGAGUAAUUGAGUGCUUGGGGCUACAGGCAGUGAGGGAUUCCCUUGUUGGCACAGUUGAAAGAAGAGGAAUUUCUGGAGGCCAGAAGAAACGUGUAAAUGUUGGACUAGAAAUGGUCAUGGAACCAUCACUCUUGAUCUUGGAUGAACCAACAUCUGGUUUAGACAGUGCAUCUUCCCAGUUACUUCUUAGAGCACUUCGAAGGGAAGCUCUUGAAGGAGUAAACAUCUGCAUGGUUCUUCACCAACCAAGCUAUACCUUAUACAAGAUGUUUGAUGACUUGAUACUACUAGCAAAAGGUGGUCUUACCGUGUAUCAUGGGUCUGUGAAGAAAGUCGAAGAAUACUUUGCUGGCCUUGGAAUUACAGUACCUGAGCGUGUUAAUCCUCCAGAUCACUACAUUGACAUCCUGGAAGGAAUUGUUAAGCCAAGUGGAGGUCUGUCAACUCAACAACUUCCUGUUAGAUGGAUGUUGCAUAAUGGAUACCCUGUACCACAUGAUAUGCUGCAGUAUUGUGAUGGAAUUGCUACAUCCUCCAACCGGUCAAAUACAAAUGAUGCAACAAAUCCUAGUACGGGAGCUAUGGGACAGUCAUUUGGUGCAGAUUUAUGGGCGGAUGUCAAGUGUAAUGUUGAGUUAAAGCGAGAUCACAUAAAGCAUAACUUCGUAAAAUCUGCGGAUUUAUCCAAUCGAAGAACUCCAGGUUUUGCCCGUCAGUACAGAUAUUUUCUUGGAAGGGUUGGGAAGCAGCGAUUGCGAGAAGCUAGAGUUCAAGUACUCGAUUAUUUGAUUCUAUUAGUUGCAGGAGCAUGCUUAGGAACUCUUGCUAAAGUAAGCGAUGAGACAAUUGGGUCCCUUGGCUACACUUACACAGUCAUUGCUGUUUCACUACUAUGCAAGAUUGGAGCGUUAAGGUCAUUUUCUCUGGACAAACUACACUACUGGAGAGAAAGUGCCGCUGGUAUCAGCAGUUCAGCUUAUUUUCUAUCCAAAGAUACACUCGACCACUUCAAUACACUUGUCAAACCUCUGUUCUAUAUGUCCAUGUUCUAUUUCUUCAACAACCCUCGAUCAUCCUUCAUAGACAACUAUCUUGUUUUGCUUUGCCUUGUGUACUGUGUGACAGGCGUAGCCUAUAUAUUUGCCAUCUGGCUUGACCCUAGUCCUGCACAACUGUGGUCGGUGCUUUUACCUGUUGUUUUGACUCUCAUUGCAAUCCAGGACAAAGAUAACGGAAUUACAAACUUUUUGGGAAACUUUUGCUACACCAAGUGGGCUCUAGAAGCCUUUAUCAUUGCGAAUGCUCAGAGGUAUUCUGGAGUAUGGUUGAUAACACGUUGUAGUUCAUUGAUGCAAAGUGGCUAUGAUCUUGAUGAUUGGCACCUUUGUCUGUUCGUCCUCGUGCUUUUUGGCAUAAUUAGUCGUUUUGUAGCUUUCUUCUGUAUGGUUACUUUACAAAAGAAGUGAGUUAGGAAGUUCCGUGAUUUUAGAAUUAUUGAGAAGCAGAGAUUACUAAAUACUCUUGUAACAUAGUAGCCCAACAAGGGACCAUACAACUACUCAGGAGUGAUAGAAUGGUGUUUGUUAACAUGAACUAAUGCCCUAACCAUUUUAAGUAGUCAUGUAGAGCAGGUUUUGUGGAUCCAAUUAGGCUCUUACUGUCAAUACCUUUGUACACGUAU